AUGGAGCAGAAAUCACCCAAGGAUGAGGGUACCACCAAAGGACAAGAGUCUCUGUCCUACCAAAGGAGGAUGUGGAAGAAUUUCCAGGAGAAAACCAAGCCUUGGCUGAGUCCUAAACUGGGAUCGGAGCGUCGGGGAGCCGGCGGCGCGGAGGGCAGCAAAAAGGAAUCUGGGUUAUGGAUGUUUAAGAGGAAAAAGAAACAGUUGGACCGGGUGUUUUCGUCGUCUCAGCCCAAUCUGUGCAGCUCUCCGUCGGCACCUUUUGGAGGAGAUAAGAAGUCCCAAGGUGGAGACCAGGUCCCCGGCACCAGCGCGCAGCCUCUCCAUCCUCUGGGAGCAGCUUCUGGAGCCACUGGGAGCAAACCAGAGCUGACUGCACAUGGAAGCCCAAAGCUCCCAGUAUCCCAGCUGGUCCUGUACCAGCAGAAGAGCUCUUCUCUGGGCUCGGCGUGCUUUGAGAAGCUGGUGGUGGACCCGGCCGAGCUGCUGGGAGGAGAGGAGCAGCUGCGUAAAAACGCCAGUGAUUCUGGCAUCAACAUAGUUGGACCCAGUAAUGCAGAGCCCCCACCUCAACUUCAGAUUCCAGCCAUGUACCAGCUGGAUAUCAUCCUGAGGAAAGGGAACAACCUGGCCAUCCGAGACCGAACAGGGACCAGCGACCCAUAUGUGAAGUUUAAGAUUGCAGGGAAGGAGGUGUUCAGGAGUAAGACCAUCCAUAAGAACCUCAACCCGGUGUGGGAUGAGAGAGUAAGCCUUCUAGUGGAAAACCUGAAGGACCCGCUAUACGUCAAGGUUUUUGACUAUGACUUUGGACUUCAGGAUGAUUUCAUGGGCUCAGCAUACCUUCAUCUGGAAUCACUGGAACAUCAGAGGACACUGGAUGUGGUGCUGGACCUGAAGGACCCACAGUAUCCUGAACAUAACUUGGGCAGCCUGGAACUGGGGGUCACUCUGUCACCGAAGGAGGGAGACGUGAAGGAUGCUACCAUGCUUUUGAGAAGGAACUGGAAACGAUCUAGUAAGUAUCAGAGUAUGCGUCUGUCAGAUGUGCACAGAAAAGCCCAGCUGUGGCGAGGUAUAGUCAGCAUCAGUCUGGUAGAAGGUCGCAACCUCCAGCCCAUGGAUGCCAAUGGCCUCAGCGACCCAUAUGUCAAAUUCAAGACGGGGCACCAGAAGUACAAGAGCAAGACAAUUCCCAAAACGCUGAACCCCCAGUGGAGAGAGCAGUUUGACUUCCAUCUGUACGAAGAGCAGGGAGGCUACGUGGACAUUACGGUCUGGGACAAAGAUGCUGGCAAGAAGGAUGACUUCAUGGGAAGGUGUACCAUUGACCUAUCGCAUCUCACUAAAGAACACACACACAAGCUAGACCUGCCACUGGAGGAAGGUGAAGGUGUGCUGGUGCUGUUGGUUACACUCACUGCUUCUGCCGCCGUUUCAAUCUCAGACCUGUCAAUCAACAUGCUGGACGACCCGGACGAGAGACACCAGAUCAUGCAGAGAUAUAGUCUGUGGAGGUCGUUUCACAACCUGAAAGAUGUCGGAGUGGUGCAGGUGAAGGUCAUCAGGGCUGAAGGACUGAUGGCAGCAGAUGUCACAGGUAAGAGUGACCCAUUCUGUGUGGUGGAGCUGAGUAACGAUCGGCUGCAGACGCACACUGUCUACAAAAACCUCAACCCAGAGUGGAAUAAGGUCUUCACCUUUAACGUGAAGGACAUCCACUCGGUACUUGAGGUCAGUGUUUACGACGAGGACCGAGACAGAAGUGCAGACUUCCUUGGGAAAGUGGCUAUUCCUUUACUACAUAUCCAAAAUGGAGAACGCAAAGCCUACGCCUUGAAAAGCAAGGAGCUGACAGGGCCAACAAAAGGGGUCAUCUUUCUCGAAAUAGACGUGGUUUUUAAUGCUGUGAAGGCUGGUCUCACGACGCUGAUUCCCAUUGAGCAGAAGUAUAUCGAGGAGGAACCCAGAGUGUCCAAACAGCUGCUGUUGCGUAACUUCAACAGAGUUAGACGCUGCAUCAUGUUCCUGAUCAACACAGGCUGCUACAUCAACAGCUGCUUCGAAUGGGACUCUCCUCAGAGGAGCAUCUGUGCUUUUGUACUUUUUGUCAUCGUUGUUUGGAACUUUGAACUCUAUAUGAUUCCUCUGGCUUUGCUUCUGCCUUUGGCCUGGAACUACAUCCUCAUUGCAUCGGGGAAGGAUACCAGGCAAGAUGUGCAAGCAGUGGAGGACCUGCUGGAGGACGAAGAUGAGGAUUUUGACAAAGAUGACAAGGACCCUAAACCAGGCCCCUGGGAUGACAGCCGUGAUAAAAACCAUAUCCUCGAAGAUAUGUUGGCUUCCUGGCACUUUGAGUGGAUACGAGCGAUGGUGGACUCGGAGAGAAAGGGCUUCAUGAACAAGCUUUAUGCCAUUCAGGACGUGUGCAUCAGUGUGCAGAAUGCACUGGAUGAAGUGGCCUCCUAUGGCGAGAGGAUAAAGAACACAUUUAACUGGACUGUGCCUUUCUUAAGCUGGCUGGCCAUCGUGGCAUUCGGAGCAGCCACCAUCAUCAUCUACUUCAUCCCUCUACGAUACAUUGUGCUAGCCUGGGGGGUGAAUAAAUUCACCAAGAAACUGCGAGACCCUUACACUAUUGAUAACAACGAGCUGCUAGACUUUCUGUCCAGAGUGCCCUCAGAUGUACAAGUGGUGCAGUACCGAGAGCUGAAACUGGAUCCCAAUCCCAGUCCAAAUAAAAGGAAGAAAAACAACCCCGGGUAGAUGACUGUGUCCGCC